GACAUGGAUGCAUGUUCAACUUGCUUUCUACUGUCCAUAUAUUUCAAACUAAUCACUAAUCAAUUUUGUGUGCAACAGAAUUCCUUCAGUGCUUGAAAUGGCCCUAGCAAGUGGACACUGGGUUGAAAAGGACACUGAAGGAAUGCCACCCAGCCCGAGAGCUGGUCAUGCAGUUGCUGUGGCAGGAAAUAUCGCCUUCUUGCAUGGAGGUGUCUCAAACGCAAACUCUGUGCCUGAAUAUUUAAACGAUUUCUACAUGAUUACAGUUUCCCUUUCCUGUACAACAUGGGAGACGAUGCCUCAGAAUGGAGUUGUACCAACUGCAAGAGAAGGCCACACACUUUGUGUUGUCAAAGGGAAACUGUACUUAUUUGGAGGCUCCUGCCACCCUGAAGCAAGAGAAUGUCUUCCAGGUGUUUACAGCUUCGACGUUGUUACAUUGAGAUGGGAGAAGCUGAACACUGGCGGUGUGGUGGUGAAGACUCUUAGACACAGCUCAGCAGCUUUAGGGGAUAAUAUAUACGUCUAUGGAGGAAUUCUGGAUGGAACACCUAGAGAUGAUCUAAUGAUGUUCAACACAGUGUCAUUGAUUUGGACACCUAUCAAAACAGGCGGGACUCCACCAUCUGCAAGAUAUAACCACACGUGUGCUCUAGUCAAUGAGCAGAUCUUCUUGUUUGGGGGAUGUGAAGUGGACGGAUCCUGCUACAAAGACAUUCAUGUCCUGAAUAUAGAGACCCUGACGUGGCAGAGACGCGAGGUAAAGGGCGAGUCACCGCUCUCCUGCGCUGGUCAGACCUUUACAGCUCACCAUGACAAGGAUAUUUAUUUGUUCGGGGGGAAGAUCCAAAGCUCAGAUGGAAAAAUUUCAUCGACCAAUGAAAUUCACAAGUUGAGCCUGGCAAAGAUGAAAUGGAAGGUACCUCUGUAUGUGGGGAUUCCUCCGGCUAGACGUCACGGCCAUGCAGCCUUUAUUAUUCAUAGUCACAUUUAUGUCUUUGGAGGCAGAAAUGAAGAACAGGAAUUUAAUGACUUGAAGAUAAUGAAAUUAAUCAACCCGUCAGAGAGACAACCCGUCAUGAAGGAGAUUCUGUCUGAAUUUGGGCUUCAGGGUGUCAGUAACAGCUUCGUGCCGACGAAGGUUCCCAACGUGAGGUAUGAGCUGAGUGAGACGCCGGUGACCAUGAGGAUCGAGAGAGCCGGGUCAGCACAGCCCACAGCUUAUCAAGAUUUUGCUGUAGUUCGAGAUGAAGCACUGACCCUGAUCCAUAAAGCUUUUGCCAUUUUAGACGAGCAGUCCAGCAAACUAGACAGAGAAAAGUCUGAUCUAUCAGAAGCAGUGGAAGUGCUGCGCUGUGAGAGACAAGCCAUCGAUGAAUAUCACCAGAAACAGAGCCAGGAGCUUCAGGAAAUGCUAGAGAGACACAAACUUCAGAAUGAGGCUUGGCUACGAGCUCGGGCUGAAGAGAAUGACAAGGAGAGGAAGGAGCUGUGCAAACUCAGGGAGGAAAUGCUCCACGAGCAGGAGAAGCUGAAAGAAGAGCAGUGCAACAUCCAAAAACGCAGCGAGCACCUCCUGUCCAUUAUGCAGCAGUUCAAAGGCAUGUGAAGACACUGUCUCUAUGGCAACCGGAAGGAGGGGAGAGGGGGCCGAGUUUUUUUUUGUUUUCCAUCGCAUUUCUUCAAUGUCAAAGCGUGCUCGCUUACGGGCCGUGCCAUCGAUAUGGACCAUUGCAGAAAUGCCUACGUGGAUAGUAUAUUUCCAUAAUUACCAUUUAGCUUCUGUCCUACAGAGAGAGACAGAUGGAAUUAUGUAACUAAAAAAACAGCUAAUUUGACUAUCUAAGCAAGAAAAAUGCACAGACAUUUAUAACUGGGAGCCAGAAGGAACGAAUACCAGAAAAUGGAUUGAUUAAUUUAGUUGAUUUUAAAUCACAUGUUGUUGAAUUUAAAUAGGUUUACAAAGCUAUUGUCUAUCUUUUGUUGUUGUCCUUAUUUUAAGUAAUAUAGAUAAAACACUGAUUUGAAAUCAUCCAAGAAAGACAUAUAACAUGUAGCAAUUAAUCUGAUCAAGAUCAUGUCUGAACUUCAGGUUAUUUAUUGAUUAUGUCUGGAUUAUUGCAUAAAAUAUAAU